GGUAUUGGCGGCAGGGCUGUAAAGAACAAAGGUUUGACUUUCAGUUUCGUUUCUUCUCCGCCCUGAGACUUUCCAACAGAAGAGCUUGCACGAUUAAGAAGAAUGGCUGGUGUCAAAUCUAGAUUAACACAAGAUGAAGUAAAGCAACUGCAACAUCUGUUGGGGAGCAGACAAUUCUCUCUUCUCUAUAAAGCAAGCGUCCAUGGUUACAAUGCUGCUAUAUUUCAUGCCAAGUGUGAUUCACAAGGACCAACUGUAGCAGUAGCAUAUAAUGGAAGUGGUUAUAUUUUUGGAGGCUUUACAUGUCAGAGCUAUGUUUCAUCUGGAGGGUACAUAAAUGAUGAGAAGGCUUUUCUCUUUAGAUUAAAAGGCAAAGAGGGUGUGCUCAGCCCACUAAAAAUUCCUGUUAAAACUGCAUCAGGUGCUAUAUAUGACUAUAGUUCCGUUGGCCCUAAUUUUGGCGGUGGAGCACUGCAGUUGUUGAACCAAAAUGCUGCAGCAGCAGCAGCAAGUUCUAACAACAACUACACAUACAAUGUUGCUGAUCUGCUUGGAAAUGAUCUAGGCCUUAUAGAAUGUGAGGUGUAUCGAGUUGAAGAUAUUAGCAGUUUCCUGGAAUCUCCAUGGAGAAAGAUUACAUGGACAACUGAGGAAAGAGGGAAAAUAAUGGAGGAAAUCAGAUCUUACAAACCUUAUUUAAAUUCAGUGCCACAGAUUCGGAUUUUGAUUCUUGGUCCAAUUGGAGCUGGGAAGUCCAGUUUUUUCAACUCUGUGAAUUCUGUUUUCCGAGGUUAUGUGACAAGCCAAGCCAUAGCAGGAUCUGAUAAUACUAGCGUGACAACACAGUACAGGUCUUACCCAGUUAAAGAUGGAAGAGAUGGCAAGCCUCUGCCUAUUAUCUUCUGUGACACAAUGGGAAUAGAAGAAAAAUCAGGAGUGGGUCUGGAAAUUGAUGAAGUGUCCAACAUAAUAAAAGGCCAUGUUCCUGAUAGGUACCAGUUUAAUCCAGCAGCCACCCUUCGUCCAGAUUCUCCAGGCUAUGUCAAGACCCCUUCUCUGAAGGAUCAGAUUCAUUGUGUUGCAUUUGUUAUUGAUGGGUGCAAAAUUGAGAUUCUCCCUGAGAAACUGGAAGAGAAGCUGAAACAGCUUAGAAGAAAAGUGAACCAGUUUGGGAUCCCACAACUUGUUUUGCUAACUAAAGUGGAUGAAAUUUGCCCUACUAUUGAAGAAGAUGCCCAGUGUGUGUACAAAAGCAAAGCUGUUGAGAAACAGAUGCGGAUAACUGCAGAGAAACUUGGAAUCCCUCUUGCUCAGAUAGUACCUGUUAAAAACUACUGCUCCGAGUUGGAUCUUUCGUGCGAUGUUGACAUCCUGUUACUGUCCGCAGUGAGGCAGCUUAUACGUUUAGCAGAAAGCUACCUUGACAAUUUCCCUUUUGAGAAGCCAAAGAAAGAGCCCUAACCUGAUGUUUACUGUGAUGCUGGAUAUUUUAUUGUGCUGACACCAGAAGUCAAAUUUGUUGCUGCCCUAAACAGAUGCAACGCCAUUGACUUCAGUGGAGUUGCACUUGCUUAUGCCAGUGGUGAAUUUGUCUCAACAGUUCUAUAUCUUGUUACUGCCUACGUAAGAUUAAUGGUAUUUUUGCAUGCAUCAAGGGGAGAAUAGAUUCUCUAGCUUUCAAGGUCGGAUCCCUUUAUUAAACAUUCCAUAUUCUUACUCUUCUCCAUUUAAAAAGAAAUUGAAACAAUAGUUGUAAAACUACUUUUGUUAGAUUAAUUGGAAAAAUAAAUUACUCUAAGCACUUUUUCAAUCACUUUCAUCAUCCAGGUUUGGGACUUCAAUAACUCAGCAAGAGGUUUUGGGCCUAUUGCAGGAGUGGAUGGGUGAGGUUCUGAGGCUUGUGAUGUGCAGGAGGUCAGCCUAGAUGAUCACGAUAGUCCCUUUGGCCUUAAAGUCCAUGAGAAGAGGUGAGGCAGAGACACAAGGGACCUACUUUUCUUCUCACUUACACUGGUUAAACACUGCUGUAUCUCUAUAGACAUUAGCAAUUACUUCAGAUUUGCACUUGAGUAUUGAGAACAGAGUUUGGAUUAGAUCCUUGAUGAGGUGUAAUAUCAAAUGCAAUGGUAACAAUAGAAAGAGUAGUCAAGGUUCUGACUGUUCUAGAAAGAGUUGGCAUUGCUGAUAUAUGGUUCCCUGCAGGUAUAGUUGAGAGGAAGGGCUACUUCCUAUACAAUAAACCAUAAUUAAAAUUGAGCAAUGCAUGUUAUUGGACAAGGAUUUAUUUUCUUUUUGUUAAAUCAUAGAAAAUUAGAGUUGGAAGAGACUUCAGGUGGUCAUCUAGUCCAACCGCCUGCUCAAAGCAGGACCAACCCCAACUAAAUUAGCCCAGCCAGGGCUUUGUCAAGCCGGGCCUUAAAAAGCUCUAAGGAUGGAAAUUCCACCACCUCCCUUGACUUGUUCCAGUUUGCCCUCUAGUGGCCGACAGUUACAAAAUAUGGAUUUCUAGAAAAUAGUGCUACAUAAAGAUACUUUAGAAAAGACUAGGUUGCAGGAUUUUAUUUAGCACUCUUGCCUGAUCUAUGAUUUAAUUCUUUAUUAUUUUCUUUUCUGUGAGCACACAACUAUUUGGGGAGGAGUUUUAUUACCCAUUGAUCCAAGUCCAAUGUGAACAAGCCUACUAUCCAGCUGCCCCUCUGCCAAGAAAGCAGAGGCAUAUAGCAAGCCACCGGCGCUCUCCAUCAUAAGACAACAGCAGGUGAUGGGAUGGGAGUAUGGGAUGGCCUCUUUAUGUCUCCUGAUAUUUUGCUGUUGGAAUGUAUUUAUCCUGUUAAAGCAUAUUUUAUAAACAUAUAUAGCUACUGCAGUCCAACCUUGUCUUCAGGAUGACAAUAGUAAAAACACACUAAAAGUGUAUUACAUUCCAUAAGUAGCAUACUGAGAUGCUUAACAAAAUGGAAAAACAAGAUAUAACUGACCUUCAAAGGUCUUUUGAGGUAAAUCAGAACCUCUUGGGGGAAAAAAUGAAACCAAAUAGCUGUUGAGUUGCAAUGAAGCAUUUUCAGGGCUUUUAUCUCACCUUUCCUCAGUGUACCAUAUAAAACAAUUUUUAUUGCAAUUUGCAGCCUUGUAGAAUCAGGCUAGUGUAUCAGUAUCAGUAUUCUGUUUUUCAUGCAUCAUUUAAAAGGAUCAUCUAAUAUUUCUGCAGUUGGGGCUCUUUUGUCAUUUUCUAGCUCAUGUGCUGAUGUUGAGGAGAGAAGCUGCUGUUUAAUAAUUUCAGUGGUGUUAACUCUACACAAAACACUGAGAGAGAAGGGAAGAAGCUGGAGCAAUUCUUAGCAUGCUUUGGUAAGAUUUAACCUGGCGAUUAUCAUUUAGAAACUCUCUUCAAGGGCUGAUUGUGGGUGAAUCCCAGCUGAUAUGCUGCAUGCAAAACACCAAUUUAUCCAUGGCAGUUAGGUAAAAGAAUUUUUCAUCAAGCCUUUUUUUUUCACUAUCUUCAGGGUCUUAGAGUGAAUUGCCUAUAGUGUUGUACCUGUUCUACAUUACAGGGUGAUGACAGCCAUGUUGGUUGUGAUGAGGGACUUCCAAAGCUAAAAGCGUCAGCCUCUGUAGCAUGAACUAAGGAAUUAAAUUUAUAUCUGGAAGCUGUAACAAACUCACAUUCUUUGUAGCACAGAGAGGGAUGUGUAACACACACCAAACUGUGGGUUAUAUAACUGCUAAUGUAGACAGUGCAAUGAAGACUUCUGCUCAACGUGCAGCUGCAGUGAAAAAUCAAACACAAUGUUAAGAUUUGUAAGGAAGAGACAAUGAAUAAUACAGGGAAUAUUAUAAGGCCAUUAUAUCAAGCAGUGCUGUGGUCUCAUCUGGAAUCCUGUCACCUCAUCUCAGAACAGACAUUGCUGAAUUAGAGAAGAUUCAGACAUGAGAAGAAAAACUCUCCUAGGAAGAGAGAUUGAAAAGCGUGGGAUUGUUUACCUCAGAAAGGAGACAAAUCAGAGGGAACAUGAUAAAUGUAUAUACAAUAAUGAAUAGUAUAGAGAAGUUGGAUUGGGAACUUUUGGUCUCAUGGUCUCAUAACACAAGAAGAGGGGGAUAUUUGAUUAUACUGAAAGGCAUCAAAAACAAAGCCAAUAAAAGGAAAUACUUCUGCACACAAUACAUAACUGGACAGUGGAGCUCAUUGUUACAGGAAAUUGUUGAGGCCAGGAGGACAAAGAAAACAUGAAAGCAAUAGCAGCUACAAUUGGAGAGUUCGUUCCUCACCAUGAAAGGGAAGAGGGUGCAACCACAACAAAAUAUUGCAUAUUAUUAUUUCAUGUUAUGGCCAUAAUAAAGGGUGAGGUGUACAUAUUUGCGAAUGUGAGGUGAUACAUGGGGAAAAAAGUACAAAAGUAUGAGAGAGGGGUUGGAGAGGGACUGCUCAGUAUCUCAAGUAUUUGCCAUCAUCAAUAUGUUUUGAAAUAUGUUUGGUUCAGAAGAAGAUUCCAAAGGUCAUAAAUGUAUCUUCAAAGUGGAAGAGACUGAGGCCCAGAAACUCAAAAGUAGGGGUGGCUCCAGUCAGUACUGCAGUGCCUAACCCCUAGGUAGACUGCUGCCUACUGGACUCCUCAACCUCCAGCUGGGCACAUAGGGAAGGGUGGGUGCCCCAGAACGGCAUUUUCAGAAACCAGCAAACUGACUGGAAGCCACCUAAGUUAGCAAGGAGUGAAAUGCCACAGUAAGGGGUGGAAAGAGGAGGGGCCCAGGCACCUAACCUGGGCCGCCUGGCUCACGGGCCAGAGAUAGGUUCUCCCUCCAUUUGGGAUCCUCAGUUAUGAACCAUGUCCUGGAGUUAAGUGGCUGACCUAGCUUAGUUCCUAGGUAGUUCAUGCCCUCAGAGCUGAAACAGUGUCUAUCUUUCGCUGUCUCCUGCUCGUGCGCGAUACUGCUCUCGUGCUCACCCUACAUUUCCCUGUGUCCCUGCUGUCUUGUGUGUGUGCUGUCCUGCCAGUCUGCUGUGAUGCACUGCUGGAGCAGUGCAAGGACCAAAAAGUUCUGCUGUAAGGAUUGUAUUCCAGGGGUUUAGCCAGAUUAGACUGCAAGGCUCCCUCAUCCAACUGCACUGCUAGAAAUGCUGCAGGCUGCACAAAUUGCAGACUAUCAUUGCAAAGACCUGAGGGGAGUCUGUAGGAGACUGUGGGACUAUCACUUUUUAAGGAUCUGGUAUGACCUACAGCGGGUUUGGACACUAUGCCACUGAGACGGGUAAAUCCUCUCAGAGGAAGAGUUCGAGUGGAGUGUAUGCAUAUAACUAUGUUUUACAUUUGAAGUUGAUAGCCACAAGUACUAAAACUUGGGGGAAACCCCACUGAAAGUGUUGUCUUAAAAGAUUUCUUAUUGCCAAUAUUCAUACUUGUUUCAAGGACUGUAAGUAACUAUGAUGUAGUCAUAUAUAGGUUUAUUUAGUAAACGUUUUCAUUCCAAGA